GUUUGCGCCUGCGAUAAGCUGCCCACAAAAGCCAAAUCGUCCCGCUGGUUCAGCAUUCAAAUCUUCCCUCAGUUGAUAAUUGACUUGUGACUCGGGCAGUCGCUCUUUGAAUCCGGGCACCUACUAACAUGCUGGCACAUUUGAAAAAUCUUUCGAGGCUGGCGUUGCCCCGCGGACUGAUCACCGGAUCCGCCAACUACUCAUCGUCCUCCGCAUUCCUGAUCGACCAACCGGAAUACAGUUUCCUGAAGGAAUUGGGCUUGGAACGCGAUAAUCCAGGUGUUUAUUCCGGUCAAUGGCAGGGUCGGGGUUCAUCCAUCACCAGUUACGAUCCCGGAACUGGCCGACCUAUAGCCACAGUGCGUCAGGGAAAUGUCCAGGAAGUUGAGCAGACUAUCGGAUUGGCAGUGGAAGCCUUCAAGCAAUGGCGACAGGUUCCAGCUCCCGUUCGAGGUGAAAUAGUACGCCAAAUCGGUGACGAACUGAGGAAGUACAAGGAGCCUCUGGGAAAACUAGUCUCCCUUGAAGUGGGCAAAAUCUACAGCGAGGGUCAGGGGGAGGUUCAGGAGUUCAUAGAUAUCUGCGACUAUGCAGUUGGCCUCUCAAGGAUUUAUUCCGGUCAGCUGAUCAACUCGGAGCGGGCCGAUCACUCGAUUCUAGAGGCCUGGCGACCUGUGGGAGUGGUGGGCGUUAUUUCGGCGUACAAUUUUCCCAAUGCUGUCUUCGGCUGGAAUGCUGCCAUCGCUCUUACAACUGGGAACAGUGUGCUGUGGAAAGGGGCUCCAAGCACGCCUUUGGUAUCGGUAGCCACUACAAAAAUUGUGGCUGAUGUGCUUCGCAGGAAUAACCUUCCGCCAGUAGUGACUCUUUGUCAAGGAGGAACCGACGUUGGUCAGACCUUGGUGGCCGAUAAAAGAGUAAACCUCGUGUCCUUUACCGGUAGCUGCCAAACUGGUCGAGAUGUGGGCGUAGAAGUUCAGCGCAGAUUCGGUAAGGUUAUCCUUGAAUUGGGUGGUAACAAUGCCUUGAUAAUAGACGAAUCUGCCAACGUAAAAAUGGCCCUGGACGCAGCUCUGUUCGGUUGCAUUGGCACUAGUGGUCAAAGAUGCACGACUACCAGACGGAUAAUAGUGCACGAAAAGCUGCACGAUCAGUUUGUGAAGGCACUGGUUGGUAAAUAUAAACAGCUUAUACCCAAGAUUGGGCACCAACUUGAUGCUCAAACCCUGGUGGGCCCUGUGCACACGCAACAAAACGUGGAAAAUUACAAAACAGCCAUCGAGGAAGCCAAAACCUUGGGAGGAACUGUGGCCUUUGGAGGACAGGUUAUCCAGCGAGAAGGCUUUUACGUAGAACCCACGGUAAUCACAGGUUUGCCCCACGAUGCCAGCGUUGUCCAUCGCGAAACCUUUGCGCCAAUUGUGUACAUCCUCAAAGCCAAAUCCGUGGACCAAGCCAUUGAAUGGAAUAACGAGGUGGAGCAGGGCCUAUCCUCUGCCAUUUUCACAGAGAACAUUGGACAGGCCUUUAAAUGGAUCGGAGCCAGGGGUUCGGAUUGUGGCAUCGUCAACAUCAAUACCACCACCAAUGGUGCUGAGAUUGGAGGUGCUUUCGGAGGAGAAAAGGCCACUGGAGGAGGUCGGGAAUCCGGAUCGGAUGCCUGGAAGCAGUAUUGCAAACGGGCCACCAUCACAGUCAAUCACUCUGGGGAAUUGGCCUGCGCCCAAGGCGUUGUGUUCAAUGUGGAGUAGAAAACAUAUAUGAUCAAUUUUAAUGUCUUCCUAUUUGCUACAAUUUAAAAUAUAUAAAUGAAGUCCAAAAUGAAA